GGCAUAAAUGGCGACGACAUCCUUGAAAGGUUAUAUAGAGAUGUUUCGGCUAUUCUAGAGACUCACGACAAUUACGACGAUGGCAUCAUUGAAUCCUCUGGAGGACCUGCGGAGAAGUUAUCCAAAUGGAAAAAGAUGUAUGCUUCUUUGUAUGAUGAGUUAGAAAAACUACGAAAUAUGCUCUUGGUUCAGCAUGACAUUAAUCAAAAGCAAAACACAGAGAUAACCUUGCUGCAGGAGGAAAUGGAAGCUAUCAAAGUCAGAUAUGAGUCAAAACUGAAGGAGCUACGAGAUAAGCUUGUUGAAAAGCAAAAGAAAAUUCUUUUGCUUGAAGAACAAAUUCGUUCCAUAGCUUAUGGAAAUCAAAAACCUAUUCCACUCAAGUCACCUGGAACAAAAGCUGAGAUCUCCACAGAUCUCUCCAUCAUGUUCACCUUCAUCAGCUUGUCUGACGACUACGUCGCCUCUGUUGGAGCUUGUCCACCGUACUUUUUGUCAUUGGAGUUCUUCGAUUUUGAGCUACAAACUACGCCAAUUCUAACCAAGCUGAGCACGGCUCUCGAUUUCACUACCGUAUACAACGUGGUCGUGUCAAAUCUGUUUGUUCAUUAUAUCGAAACGGUGAGAGCCUCAUUUUUAAUUCUAUGGAUAGCCGAAGUCGAAAUUCGUAGAGAUACUUACCCUCCUGAAAAUUUUAAAAUUUACUUCUAG